CUGCAGCUACACGGCCGUUGGAAACUUUUGAUUUUUCUCAUACCGACUCAGCAAAGAAGGAGGAGAGAGAGAGGGUAAGCGCGCUCGAGAUGGCCCGUACGAAGCAAACUGCUCGCAAGUCAACCGGUGGAAAAGCGCCCCGGAAGCAACUUGCUACCAAAGCUGCCCGUAAGUCGGCACCGACCACUGGUGGUGUGAAGAAGCCUCACCGUUAUCGCCCUGGAACAGUUGCUCUUCGUGAGAUUAGGAAGUACCAGAAAAGUACUGAGCUUUUGAUCAGGAAACUCCCUUUCCAGAGGCUUGUUCGUGAAAUUGCUCAAGACUUCAAGACUGACCUCCGUUUCCAGAGCCAUGCGGUGCUUGCAUUGCAAGAAGCAGCUGAGGCUUACCUAGUUGGGCUUUUUGAGGACACUAACCUUUGUGCCAUCCAUGCCAAACGUGUCACAAUUAUGCCUAAGGAUAUCCAGCUGGCUAGAAGGAUUCGUGGGGAACGUGCUUGAAUUGUUCUGUAUCUUUCUGGGAAGGGAGGAUGGCUGCUGUUAAGAGUUUAUUAUUCAGUUUUAUUUCAUUUAGAAACAAAUUUUAGUUGUCUUCUUAGAUUAAUUAUGAUAGGCAAAUACUAUGGAACAGAUGUGCCGUUUAAAUGAUUGUGUUUUGGUUUUAGAAUUGGGUAAAUGUGUCAAGCUUGCAAUGUCUAGCUCUUAUUCUUGUGCGCGGCCACGCUAAUUUGUAUUUGGCUAACAUUUUGUUGCCAUUAAAUAUAAGUGUAGUUCGUCCUAAAGUUUUCGCCCAUGAUA